UUUUUUUGACCUUUCCUCUUUCUUCUGUCCUCUUUUUUUUCCUCUUCUGUGUAUUGUCUUCGCAUCUCAAUGACCUGCAAAAAACUAUUCCAUCUUCAUUUCCUUAAUGGAGUUUCGUCUCUUCCGGCCAUUUCCUUAUGGCUUCCCCUUUUUUUUUCGUUUUGCCCGUUUCACUAUCUUUUUAUCCGCUGGAUAUCUCACUGCUGUAUUGCCUUCUCUUUUAAUUGCCUUUUGUUUUAAGCUGGCCUCUCGAAAACACUUCCUCGGAUAGCUUUUCCACACUCUUAUCCCUACCGGAGCUUCAUCCUGCUCGAGCUCACCGACCUUCAGCUGCGUUUUUUGGGGUUAGCCAUUCCCCUUUUUUUGCCCACUGGAUUUCUCUCUGCUGGGUUGGUUUCUCUUGGUCGCUUUCCACAGCCUUCAGACGGCUUGUGUUUUGAGCUGGCCUCGGGGAAGGUCAGGCUUGUGCCGGCCUUGAGUUGCGUAAAUUGAACAAUGUCUUUGCCUGUUGCUGCUGUCCCCCAAGUUGUUCGCAUAUCUGAGGUUAGUGAAACUACGGUCAAUUGGAAAACUUUGGUGCACGUCCUUGAGUCUCAUCGUGUCAGGGUCGUUCAAAUGAAUGGUACUUCAAAGGCAUUCCGUCGCUUUGAAUUUGGUGAUUCCCAGGGUAUUACGGUUGCUGCGGUUGUCUAUGAUGAUGACAUUUCCCAUGUAGAUGGUCUUCUACUGCCGUUCAAGAAGUAUUACAUAUCAGCUGUGGAGCUUUGUGAAAUUCUAGAGUCUACUCCACCAGAUGCUGAAGCUCAAGCUUUACAAAAAAUAUCCAUCUCAAAUGCUGAAGUCAGGGCUGCUGCUGAAAGGUUCCAACCUGAUGGACUUAAGCUCCAGUGGAUUAUAAGCACCAAAACAGUUGUAGAAGAAAUUGAUGAAGCUGAUUCAAGUGUGUUGCCGUUCCACUUUGAUUUCACGGCUUAUAAAGACCUGCCUCUUUACGCAGACAUGAAAUAUGAAACUAUUGGGCUGCCAGAAAUGAAAAAAGCUUUGCGGGGCUUCUUCAGGAUAACAUGCAUGCUAAACAAAGUCCUCAGCUAUUUCACGAAUCACACCAGAAAAUUAUUUCUAUCAUUGAUGUUGUACCAACGCAAAAGAUUUCAUGGGUUAAGGCACAGGUUUCUUUCCAGCACAUUGUUCAAAAAUAUUAUUACAUGGAUUGCAUAAAAUGCCACCGCAUGACUGCAGCAAACUUUGGAACUACGUUCACUUGCAAUCACUGUAAUGAGAAACAACAGGCUUCUCCCAGGAAAGCAAUCUCGGCAUGCAAUUCAUUGCUUUAUGUGAACGUAGAGGUUUUUCUCAAAACCAAUAUAUUGUCUAAUCUUAACUCGAGCUUUAUUACAUGCAGGUGUCGUUUUGAUGUAGACCUCACUGACCACACUGAUACACUCACUGCAUCUGUGUUUGAUGACUUAGCUGAAACUUUGCUCACAUUUACUGCACUUAAAGCAAUGAAUUAUCACGAAGAGAAUGCAUAAUUGCCGCUAGAAAAAGUCCAUCAGGAACUACAAUCAAAGAUGUUCAUAAUACAGCUAAAGGCAGCAGCUACCAGGGAUGGAGGAGGUCAUCAGCGUUAUACAAUUGUCUAUUGUUUUGAGGAUGUAAGCUCUGAAGAAUCUGCUAACAAGUCUGCAAAUCCUGAUGUCCAGACUUGUUUUGAGGAAGUUGGCAAUACUGUCCCAGCAAGUGUAGCACCAGAAAACCAAGUUUCUUCAUCAAAGGUGCGAAUUCGUCUUGAUACAAAGUUUGAUCAAUCUGAAGAUGCAAAUGACAAUACAUCUAAAGACGAGGAGACAUCCAUCAGCAAAAAGGCAAAGAAAAAUUGAUUGCCUUUUCGUUCCUUAGUUUUCUGGCUAUGAAUUCAGAUGUCUAUGUCUUUUGCUAAUGCUUAAAGCAUUCAUUUUGCUGCAGCUUUUGAAACUAUAUCUCGAACUUAUAACCCACCUUUUUGAAGUCUUAGCUUUAUCAACCGUCUGAACAAAUGUCUGACAAGUAUUGCUAUCCCUUAUUAGUCAUUACAUUAUCUGCUGCAAUUCUAUAUAUAUUAAUUGUAUGACUCUUGUCAAUAGCUUGAUAGCUUUUAACGUCUAAAUGCCCAAUUCCAAUUAAU